AUGUCUUGGAUGGAAUUUGUUGACCGAUUGAGGGAACAGUUCUAUCCAAAAGUAGGCGUCAGACAACUAGAAGAAGAAUUCUUAAAGUUAGAUCAAGGAUCAUCACAACAGCCUGAUAUCUAUCAUGAAAGCCUGAAAAUGUGUUCAAAAAGCUGUCAAGGAUUUCUAGCUUAUGUAGUCGAUUCAAAGAAAGAAAUUCUUGUUGUCUGUGAGUAUCCCGAGGUGUUUCCGGAAGAUUUGACUAGUUUACCACCUGAUCGAUUCAUGGAGUUUAUAAUUGAUUUAAUGCAUGGGGUAGCACCAGUAGCCAGGGCUCCAUAUCGUCUGGCACCUUCUGAAUUAAAAGAAUUAAUGAUCCAAUUAAAAGAAUUUGCUUGA